UUCCACUGCAACCUCCAAAACGAUAUCUCGCCGCCGUCGACGACGACGUCUGCUUUGCUUUGCAGUUUGCACCGUAAGUGUGUCAGGAUCAACUUAGAAGAAGCGUUUUAGCUCAAUCCUUAGAUCCGAUGGAGGUUUGUGGCGUAGAUUCUGAAGGGAAGGAGUUUAACAGCGCAAAAGAGAUGUGGAGAGAAGAAAUUGGAGAAGAAGGAGAUGAAACGAAGAAGACCCAGUGGUACAGAGACGGAGUUUCUUACUGGGAAGGUGUUGAAGCUUCUGUUGAUGGAGUAUUAGGAGGAUAUGGGCAUGUCAAUGAUGCUGAUAUAAUAGGAAGUGAGGUCUUUCUCAAGAUCCUUCUGCAAGAAAGAUUAGUGAAUGGAGAAACAAAUCAACAUCUAGUGGCUCUUGAUUGUGGAUCUGGUGUUGGAAGGAUCACUAAGAAUCUUCUGAUACGGUACUUUAACGAGGUUGAUCUUGUCGAGCCUGUAGCACAAUUCCUCGAUGCUGCACGUGAAAAUCUGGCAUCUACGGGCUCAGUAACGCACAAAGCAGCUAACUUUUUCUGUGUACCUCUUCAGGAGUUUACUCCAGCUGAUCAGAGAUACGAUGUCAUAUGGGUUCAGUGGUGCAUUGGGCAUCUCACUGACGAUGAUAUUGUUUCCUUCUUUAACCGAGCAAAGGGAUGCCUUAAACCCGGUGGGUUUUUCGUGGUGAAAGAGAAUCUUGCUAAGCAAGGAUUUGUUUUGGAUAAAGAGGAUCGUAGCAUCACCCGAUCGGAUCCCUACUUUAAACAGCUCUUUCGUCGAUGUGGGUUACAUCUCUAUCAAACAAAGGAUCAGAAGGGUCUUCCGAAAGAGUUAUUUGCUGUAAAAAUGUAUGCUUUAACGGUUGAUACACCACCCAAAGUCCACAGAACCAGAUCGAAAACUAGCAGCAACAGACCACAAAUUAUCAAAUGACAGUCUUGUUUUUUUUUUGUUGCGAAAUUAUGGUCUUGAUUUAAUUAAAGAAGCUACCAAAGUUAUUGUAAGAUCCGUGGAGCAAGGCUUGGUUGCUUCGAGGUAAGUUCACAGUCACGUGGUUUGGAUGUGGCCUGCUCGAAUCUACUGUCCUCGCCUGGUUUAUGUACCUUGUUCAUUUUCUGAACUUGAAGAUAUAUGUAUUAUAAUUUACACAUACGUUAGAGCGUAUUCCUCAAAUGGUGAUUUGUAAUCUGAAUCGUAGUUGUUGCAUAUCAAUCAUUUUUGCA